GCUUGAAGCGCUUGUCUCUGGCGCGUCAAGCAGCACUGACUUCUCAAUUUCUAUGAACAUACCAUAAGACCAAAUUACGUCCUUCACUGAAGCUUAAUAAUGGAUGCUGGAUCCUCAGCAAAUGGCCUCAACUAUAUCCCUUAUACGUCCAAGCGGCACUCAAGGACCAUGUCUGGGGUCUCUGAUGGUGUAAAUUCUGACACAGCUACAGAGCCUAGCAUAUCAGAUGAAGUCGGACCAUCCACAUCACGUUCCUCGUUGCCCACGUCUGUCACACAGGCCACUGAGCUCCCGGGUCCGCCGAUGCCUGAGAAGCGCACCGUACCUCUGAAAUCGAGGUCCACCUUUCGGAGAAUAGGGAUGCGCAACUCCCAACCCCCAACACCAUCCCCUCUACGACCAAUUACCAUGAGCACAUCUACUUCAUUUCGCACGCUCACUGCAGCAUCAGCUCGUGGAUCCAGGAACGAAAAUUCGAUCCCUGGAUCGCCUUCCGGACCCAACGCAUCUCUUCCUGUGUCCGCGAUCGACUCCUCGCCUAAGCUCAAUGGAGGCGAGCAUUUCAACAGUCCCGCAACUCCAUCUUCUCCGAAGCCAUCGCCAUCGGUUUCGCCUUCCCCAAAGCCUUUAGACGCACCAUUACCGCCGACCCCCCCAUCUCCCCUACCAUUAGUCAUGCCGCCUGACACCAACGCAUCUUCAUCACAACCAUCCACUUCUCAAACCGCUGAGCCGAAGGUGACACGAGUAGCAGCACCUUAUCGUCCUGGCUUCCAACCCAAGGGAGUAUAUCGACAUCGUACGGAGGAGUUUUGCGCUCUCCGAGAUUCAGGUACAGGCCAGCGCAAGUCUGAGGAACGCCGAAUUGAGAGGAGGUUAGAGAAAAUGAUAGACCUGCACUUCCCCCCUGAAACCCACUCCACCCCACGACUUGCAGAAAGCCGACGAACUUCUUCCAUUUUUACCGAGCUCAAAGGUAAGACCCCGGGGGAUUUACUGCGCAACGCAAUGGAAGCCAAACCGGGAUCGCCUGCAGCCUUAAGAAAUGCUGAACAAGUCAUUACACCUUGGCAAGACGACUCGAGCGCUAAAGCAUGUCCAAUAUGCCAAUCGUCAUUCCAGCCAUUGCUAAAUCGGAAGCAUCACUGCCGUCUCUGUGGCCGGGUGGUCUGUUCUCUUCCGACCCAAAAGCCAAAACGCCCAAGGCCUUGUUCCCUCCUAGUUGCUUUCGACCACCAACUCGGCCAGGUCAUCCCAGUACCAGAAACGAUAGCAUAUGGAGUCACCAAACGACCUGUUCAUCAACGGUCUGGUUCGGUUGUCGAUACCGAUAAGGAUAUGCAACCUAAAGGCUUUCGGGUUUGCCGGGAUUGCAAUGUUAUUAUAGACCGAAAACAGUUCUUGCAAGAAUCGCUUCGGCCAACUACAUUCACCAAACUUCACGGGCGAUUAAUACGCAUAGAAACAGAAAUGGAGACCCUCCUGGCCGAACUGGAUGCCCUCUUGCCCUCCAUGCCCCUUUCUGUCGAAAAUCCCGACGCUGCAGCCUUACGAAAGCAGUUCUCCGUACUAUUCACAGACUACGACACUGUAGCGAAACGAAUACGUGGGCUCUCUUGCCCCCCGGAUGGUUCUCAACACCGAAUGCAACAGGCGGUCUGGAUGAGGGCAGUGAAUUUCAUGCAACUGCACAUGAACGUCCUCAAGCGGAUGCCUAAGCCGCUGCCCACAAACGCAGCGGCUCCGCGACUCCCGCAGAUUCUGAGAAGGCUGAGAUACAGCAGGAUUCGAUUCUCGCACAUGUGCUACAACCACUCCUUGAGCAGGAAGCUCUGCUCGAAUCCUUCGUGGAGCAAGCGACUGCCCAACGAAAAUUCGAAGAUGUCAAAUCACUGAAAGUCAACCUUGCUGAGAUCAAGGCGGAAAUCGAUAGAAUCGUAAAAACUUCCAGUGCCACCCCAAACGAGCAUAAUAGUGUCAGUGGGAAGAAAUGAUGCCGUACGCUAAAUAC